AGUUUUUUCCUAAUUCAGAUUCGUGCCUCUGCCGUCCUUGUUCCAGAGUUUGUUAACUCUCAAGACCAUUUCAGGAAGUACUUGUUUGCUUAUUCAAUCCGCAUGUCUCUCCAGCCUGAAGGUUGUAUCAUUAAUGGAAUGACCUUUGACUCCUGCCAACUUUAUUGGAGACACUUGCUCAUCCGUUCUAACGGUGAUAUAAUAUCUAAUGUUGAUGGAGAGGCCGUGAGAAGAAAGUACCUCCUGUGGCCAGGUGAGGGAGAAUUUGUUUAUGAAAGCUUCACACUUCUACCAGCUUCCUCAAUAUCAGGUUCUGCCGAAGGUUAUUUCAAAUUUGUCCCUGGCAGGUAAUCUGCUUGAUAUUGUACAUGUGUUGUUUAAGUGGUGAUAUUAGAUUUGAUGAUCUAGUCAAAGAUAAAGGGUAUGCUUGUUUUGGUAUGCUGUGACCUUUGUGUUACUUAGGUGGUGGUAGUGGUUAAAACUCCAAUUUGAUCCCUCUACUUUGGUGAAAAGCUUCUUUUUAAUCCCUCUACUUAAAAAAGUCCUACUUUGGCAAAAAGCCCCUUUUUGGUCCCUCUGCUUUAAUAAAAUCCCUUUUUAGGA